AGCCGCAUGGUGCCGCUUGCGGCUCAACUGUGGAGGCAACCGCGGAAAUGAAGAGCCUGCGCAGCACCUCGCAUGAAAAGGCGUACGGCUUCAUUUUCCUGGCUGGCUUGGCCUUUGCGUGCGCAGGGUUCGCCGUGUUUUCGACGUACAGCCAGUUCCUCGGACUGGUACUGGUCAUCUUCGGCGUGGGGGUCAUCAUGACGGGAGCGGUCUUUGUAGACUCGUGCCUUACUCAAGUAGGAGCUUCUAGGCAAUGCAGCCCACCCGACUACGAAAUGGUAAUGGCACAACGUGAAGACGAAGACGGCGACGCGGCGCUGUUCCUUGGUCCGCCUCCAACGUCUACAAGACGACACUGGAGCCUCCCUUCUCCGUGGAGCCCUUUCACUGAGCCGACCCUCUUCGAAAUGAGCGCUGUCAACGACCCUCGCAUCGGGCACCAAUUGAGCACGCAGCUGCCGCAGAGUGACUGCUCCGAGCGGGACCGUCUGCAGGGCCGCUUUGUCUACCCAUUGAAACUGCCAACCGCCCUACCGCACGACUCAGCGGCUAACAAUUUGAACUCGUCGGCGGGCGAGUCGUGGACGCCGGAACGCGACGCUGCUGCCUGCGGGCCGAGCCUUCUGCCAGAUGUUUCCUUCGACGGAGCCUCACCCGCGCAUCCUGCCUGUGUAUCGGUGGAUCCGGACGAGCUACCUUCGUACGACGCGGUGCUGGCCGAAGAUCUCCGGGCAGGCGGCGUUGCGUCGCCCGACAGCCGAUCUCCACGUGAGGACAACGGCCGGAUGACGCGCGGCCGAUUGUCGGCCCCCGAGCUUCUCGGUUCGCCCUCGUCGACCGGCACUACAUCCCUGGCUUGCGCCGACCGCUAGCGUGCGCCCGCAGCGUCGCGCACUGCAGCGGCUUGCGACGAGCGUUGCAGCAGCCGGGAAGAGCAGCAGCUGGUGUCUAUAAAACUAGAGCCUUUCUUUUGCUCUUCAAAACAGCGUGGAUGUUCAUCGGCGAGCGCACAGCUGCGCCGCCGUCCAUGUCUGUUCGUGGCAGUGCUGCGCAUGAGAUCUCGUGGGUGAGUCCCCCGCCUCUUUCUGGCUCCAAACCUCCUAUCUGUUCGGGAGUGUGCCUAUCGUGUCGGCCACCCUUAUGAGGUGAUGGCCGGCGCGGUGCACGGCACACUUCCGCACCUAUGACGUGACGAGGUGGGGACAAGCAGAGCCGCGUUAACAGCGCGACGUCGCGUGGGGUUUUGCUGUAAAGGUAUGAAGCGAAAAUGGAGCUGAACCACAGCUGCGGUGGCAGAGCGGCUGCUCAGCAGCAACGGUACCCAUGAAGCGCAGCGCCCUCUAUGUGAUCGGGGCCUUCCUCGUGGCCCUGUGCGUGGCCGGCAUCUUCUGCGUCAUCUUCGCCGACAUCACUGUCGGCCUUUUCAUCAUUGGCACAGCGUUUACGGUGGCCCUUCUUUUCGGCAUCGCAUGGAUGGGCCGCGCUUGCUACGGCGGAAUGCCGCGACGUCCAUCGCUCAGCACUUCAGUCGAAGACCCCUCCCAGCCACCGGCAGACUCCCUUAUGGCCAUCGACAUUCCGCCCUACCCCGCGCCAUCGGAGAAGGUGUUCCGAGAGGCCCACAGUCAGAGGAGCGACUCAAGGGCCGUGCUCUACAAAAGCAGUGACGGGGCCGUAAUCAUAACAAAGCGGCCACCUGUUCUCAGUGAUUCAGAAAAUGAUUACAGCGGCGUCUAUCUUUAGGAUGCAUAACUCUUGCUAAAAAAUGCGAAAUUCACCUGGUAGUUGCCGGUACAAAUAAGAAUUUAGGUUUCAGACUGCGUU